AAUGGUUAUACUAAGGAGAUUUACAAAGUAAAUGUUUGAUAACUGUAGUUGGGCAGUUAAUGACCUGUUAGUCAUUGAAGAUUUGAAUAGUGAGCAAGAGACAUCCAGUUGAGUUCCUGCUUCAGUCACAGGUUGGAGGAUGUUUGCAGACAUCUAAGGCCACCUCAUCUGCAGGGAUGUGCCCAGAUUGAAGCCUGCUGCAGUUCAGGUCAGCAUGGCAUCUCCUCAACCCUCUGCUGCUAAGACCAAGAUAAGUUGCUGAAUUCCUUGGAGUCUUAAUUGAAUUGCAUACUACACAGAAGCUUCAAAUUCCUCAUGUUUUAAAUGGGGAACAAGAGGGAGGUUUUAUUACAUUUUGACUAGUAGACAUUGUCUCUCAUCAUGGGGGAUUGGAACCUACUGGGUGGCAUCCUAGAGGAAGUUCACUAUCACUCAACCAUAGUGGGGAAAAUCUGGCUGACUAUCCUCUUCAUCUUUCGAAUGCUGGUCCUUGGUGUGGCUGCUGAGGAUGUCUGGGAUGAUGAGCAAUCAGCAUUUACCUGCAACACACAGCAGCCAGGUUGCAACAAUAUCUGUUAUGAUGAUGCUUUCCCGAUCUCUUUGAUCAGGUUCUGGGUAUUACAGAUCAUCUUUGUGUCUUCUCCUUCACUGGUAUACAUGGGCCAUGCACUUUAUAGACUCAGGGACUUUGAGAAAGAGAGGCAGAGGAAAAAGUCGUACCUAAGAGCCCAGAUGGAGAAUCCAGAACUUGACUUGGAGGACCAGCAGAGGAUAGAUAGGGAACUGAGGAGGUUAGAAGAGCAGAAGAGGAUCCAUAAAGUCCCUCUGAAAGGAUGUCUACUGCGCACUUAUGUCUUACACAUCUUGACCAGAUCUGUAUUGGAAGUGGGGUUCAUGAUAGGCCAAUAUGUUCUCUAUGGGUUUCAAAUGUAUCCCCUUUACAAAUGCACUCAGCCUCCUUGUCCCAAUGCAGUGGACUGCUUUGUAUCCAGGCCCACAGAGAAGACCAUUUUCAUGCUCUUUAUGCAGAGCAUUGCAGCCAUCUCCUUGUUACUCAAUGUACUGGAAAUAUUUCAUCUAGGUGUCAGGAAAAUCAUGAAGGCACUUUAUGAGAAAUCCAGCAAUGAGGGCUUUGAGAAUGAAAGGGGCCCUCCAUUCCAGCUGAGGAAAUAUUCAGCGGCCCAGCAGUGUAUGAUUUGCUCGUCUUUGCCCGACAGAAUCUCUCUACUUCAAGCUAACAAUCAGCAGCAAGGAAUUCGAAUCAACGUGCCAAAGUCUAAAACUAUGUGGCAAAUCCCACAGCCUAGGCAACCUGAGGCAGAUUCUUCCUUCAGCAAAAAAGAGUGGGCUGAGAAGGAUCAGCACAGCGGACAGCUCCAUGUCCACAGUCCAUGUCCUCAGGAUGCCAGCACCAGAAUUCAGCACUCAGGACAGCAACCAGACCAUUCUUCCUUUGCUGUGCAGAAUACAACUAUCCAGUCUUGGCCAGGUACAACAACCACCUCUAGACACUGUCCAGCCUAUGCGGUAGGAACCUGGAAGCAGUCCCAGGACCUAGAACCCUUGGGCGAGCCUCUCACAGAUCUACACAGUGAUAGCAGUGUGAGAGAGAGUGGGGGCUGGGUAGACAAAUCACGCCCGGGUAGUCGCAAGGCCAGCUUUUUGUCCAGACUGUUGUCUGAAAAGGCACAGCUGCAGAGCGACUUGGGAAGUUCAAGUUCCCAGAAUAGCUCCCGUUUGGAUUUUCAGCACCAGGAAAACAGUCCCUCUCCUGCACCCUCCAUCACUGGGCAGAGAACAUCAAUGGUAGUAAAGACACCAGCCCUGCUGAUUAUGGGACCAUCACAAGAGGUUUUCCACUCAGGCUGCCUCUCUCCCUUUCCUUUCCUGCUGUGUGUGUGUGUGUGUGUGUGUGUUCAGAGAAGUGGACAAAGAGGAGAUUAGUUCAUAGUGAGCUAACUUCAUUCAGUAUGUUCAGUUACAUUCAAUCAAGAAAAUGAAAGCUGUAUAAAAUUUAGGUUAUACCGAUAUCUCCUAUAAGUACUGGUAUAUAAGUGCAUACAAUACAGUCUCUUACAUCAGAAGACUCAGAGUCCAGAUGGGAAAAUUACACAGGUGAUCAAGUGUAAGGUGCUGUAUUAGUGGGACUAGGUGAGCUAAGGAGAGAGUGGUCAGUUCUGUAGGAUUGGCCUGGAAAAGCUUUAGAGUUGAAGUUAUUUUGAACUGAAUCUUGGGUGAUGUGGUUAGUUUUUCCAGAAUGUGGAGGGCUGGAUAUAUGGAAGAAGGCUAUCCUGGUAAAAUACUGAGAGAUGUGGGCCCUCUGGGAACCAGAGGGUGGCUGGAAUCAUAGGAGGGCAGUGGAGGAAGGCUGUGGAGAGAGGGAAGGCUAGAGAAGUGGGUGUGGAUGCCUUGAAGAAAGGUAGUGGAGAACCAGUAGAGAAUGCAAAGCAGACAAGAAACGAAAUCAAUGAGCCACUCCAGAAAGCUCUUUCUUCCACAUUGUGGAAAAAGGAUCAGAGGAAGGAUCUUUUGUAAUCUUAGAUUGCCAUCGUCUCACUCAGGCAGGAGGGUGUACUCCAUUGCUUUAACACCUCUGGCAUUUAAAAAUCAUUUACAAAUAUUUGCUGAUGUAUUUCACAAAGACUAAAAAUCAAUACUGUAUUGAUUUAAAUUUUGUUCUCUGAAAAGCCACUGUGAGAGAAAAGUUCUGUGGUCAUUGUAAAACAUAAUGGGUAUUUACUGUGGAUUCUUCUCAGUUCUGGAACAAAGGAUGCACGAGGUGUUCUGCUCACUCCUCAUAGCUGUUUUCCAUUAGAAAGAAAACCCUGUGUCUGAUGGGAGAACUUCCCAGUUGCGCUCACACACUCGUUUCUUCCUUUGUUUCAUUCCUUGGGUUAAUAAUGAUUGAAUCUCUAUUCUGCAGCUUCCUAUCUCCCAUGGGUUUAGAGACACUGUUAUUACUGCACCAAAGCCUUAUUUUGAGUAGAAUCAUAUCCCACCCACACUCAUUUCUUCUCUGAUCAGCCAUCUACCUAGGAAACUACAAUGCAGUGUCAGUGGAUGAGUGCUUUAAACUCUAUACCACACGACAGCAGCAUUCCCCAUGCAGGCCACAGUUCAGAAUCAUCUGGAAGCUUAAAAAAAGUCUUCAUGCCCAGGACAAAUUCAUUCCCAAUUAAACAAAAAUCUCUGUGGUUGGGAUGCAGGCAUAAAAAAUCUUUAAACUCCUAUGGUGGCCGGCGCCGCGGCUCACUAGGCUAAUCCUCCGCCUAGCGGCGCCGGCACACCGGGUUCUAGUCCCGGUCGGGGCGCCGGAUUCUGUCCCGGUUGCCCCUCUUCCAGGCCAGCUCUCUGCUGUGGCCAGGGAGUGCAGUGGAGGACGGCCCAGGUGCUUGGGCCCUGCACCCCAUGGGAGACCAGGAAAAGCACCUGGCUCCUGGCUCCUGCCAUCGGAUCAGCGCGGUGCGCCGGCCGCAGCGCGCCGGCCGCGGCGGCCAUUGGAGGGUGAACCAACGGCAAAGGAAGACCUUUCUCUCUGUCUCUCUCUCUCUCACUGUCCACUCUGCCUGUCAAAAAAAAAAAAAAGAUUUAUUUACUUAUUUGAAAGUCAGAGUUACAUAGAGAGAGAAGGAGAGGCAGAGAGAGAGAGGUGUCUUCCAUCCGCUUGUUCACUCCCCACUUGGCCGCAACGGCCGGAGCUGUGCUGACGCCAGGAGCCAGGAACUUCCUCCGGGUCUCCCACGUGGGUGCAGUGGCACAAGGCCUACUGCUUUCCCAGGCCAUAGCAGAGAGCUGGAUCAGAAGUGGAGCAGCUGGGACACGAACUGGCGCCCGUAUGGGAUGCUGGCACUGUAGGCAUCGGUUUUAUCCACUAUGCCACAGUGCAGGCCCCUCAAUAUUUUUCUUUUCUUGUACCUCUUUCCAUGUGAAAGGAGCCUCUGGAUUGGUAGAGAAUUGAAGGAGAGAGAGCAGUGUUGAGUUGAGACAGAUUUUCUGAAUCUUUCAUCUUAUCUUUUUAGAGAAGCUCAGUUUGGAAAAAAGACGAUGAAGUUGAUGGGCUUGCCUUCUUUUUUCCUGUAGAGAUUUAUUAUAUUCAUAUGUGUAAAUAAGAACCAAAAAUAAUUUUCAUGGGGGAAAUGUACCACUAACCUUCUUAUAAAUAUAGGACACGAAAGUCUAAUCAGGCAUGUUUUUUUUUUUUUUUAAUUAACAAACUUUCUCUUUUAGAGUAGUUGUAGCUUCACAACAAAACUGAAUAGAAAGUAGGGAGUUCUCAUAUACCCCAUCUCUACACAUGCACAAAGCUCCCUCACUACCCCCCACUAUGAACAUCUCACAUCAGAGUAGAGCAUUUUUUACAGCUGAUUAACCUACACUGACACAUCCUUAU